AUGAGCAAAAAAUCAGAAGACACAUCUUCUGUUAGCCCUAUGGCUACUGGUGUGGAUCCAAGUAUUCGGGCCAUACUAGACGCUAUGCAGAAGCAGAACGAAAUCAAGUUAAGAAAACUGUUAAAAGAGACUAUUAAAGCAGCGACUAGUCGGAGUUAUCAGGGUAGUUUAGUUUCUAAUAAUUUGAACAAAAGCUUGGAGAAAACAGACGUUACUGUAGGAAAUGAAGAAAUGGUUUUGAAAGAAUUUUCAAAAGAAUUGCAGUCUAAUGUAGAAAAUUCUUAUGAAAAGAAAGUAUCAAUUGACACCGCUUCACAGGAUUAUAUUUUCAUUAAAACAGACUUAAUGUUUGAUGUCAAUAGCUCAACAGAAUACCAGAAAGAGUCUGUGAAACGAAGGAAAGAAGAUAUUGCAGUAUUGUAUAAUGAUUUGUCACCAUCUUCGUCACAAGAUACUCAAAAUUUACAAGAAUGGUUUGACAAAAAAAGUAAAAGUUUAGGAGAAGCAGAAAAAGAUCAUAACAAGAAGGAUAAUAUUUCAAUGAGAAAUAUUUUGGACGGCGAUACAAAUAAAGAAAACCAAAUUGAAACGAAGGAAUUAGAAGCAGUUAGUAAAUCAACUGCUGAAAAUGAUACAAAAUCAAUAGACAACGUUGAACAAAAUAUAUCAUUAGAAUCCAUACAAAAAGCAAGAGAUAAUGCUUACAAUAAUGAACAUUUGCUUAUAGAAGAAGACCAAAUGAUGACAGCGAAAAAUGCGUGUGACACUACAGAAUCAAAAACUUCAGCAGAUCUUAUGUCGAGAAAUUUAGAUGCUAAUAGACAAGAGAAGUCUUUAGAGAAUAAAGAUGACAAGAAUCCAUCUCCAUCUAUGUUAGAUAGUAGUAAACGGAGCAGUCGUUAUAAUGUUGCUGCAAAGCCUGCUACUUCGCCAAAAUUUGAAGAAAUUGUUUAUAAUCAAGCCAGACAAUCAAACACAAAUAAAAUUUUGCGAAGCGCUUUAAAGACGAAAUUAAUCGAAGACAAGUGUGAAAUAAUUAAUAAACAAAAGGCAUCGGAAAAUGUAGAAAAUAAAUUUGCCAAAGAAGAAAAAAGAGGUGUUAAACAAAAAUCAAUUUCAGAUAGUGAAAACGAAACAACUGAUACUCGUCAACGAAGGGAAGUUCUUUUAACGAACACAGCUAGUGAUAGCGAUAGGUAUAAAUCUGUAGAAAAUGAUAAUGCAGUAACGGGUGUAAUAGCAACUGAUGAAGCGAAACAUAGAGGCAGACCUAGGAGAUCGGAUAAAGUCGAAGUUAAAAAGGAUGAAGAUACAAGGAAGAUCCUACAAAAUGAGAAGGGUGGAUUAGAAGAACAAAGAAAACUCGAAGAAGAUACAAAAGAAGAAACUACAGAGACAGAAGUCAAUUCAAAAGGUAGAAGCCGCACUCAAAAUGAUAUGGAAGAUGUAGUAGAAGAUUCACAAGAAUUAUCUAAUAAAAGUAAGUUAUCAGAAAUAAGGAUUGCACUUAACAAAAUUGAAUAUACAAAAACUAUUUUACGGAAUAAAAAGAAUUCAUUAGAAAGAGAAAGAGGAGUAAGGGAAAAGAAGAAAAUGUACAGACAGAAAUUAUUUCAAAAAAUAUAUCAGAUGAUAAAUGUGAUUUGCUUUAGAAAAAAAAAAAUAUUAUCCACAAACUACAUUAGGAAUUUAUCUAUUUUAGUGAGGAGAAAGAGAAAGGAUAGAGGAGUUGAUCAAUAGACUGUGGCUUUUGAAGCGUUUAUGAAAAACUUACAAUUUUAAUAAAAUAUUCAAUGUAAAGUCUUUGUUAUAAUAUUCAAAUAAAUAGAUGAAAAAAAAACUGAAUUUGCAUAAUUACUCAUGGCUUAUUGAUCAAUCAUGCGACUCGUUCAGAGGUAACUCGAGUUGUAAAGGCGACAAUUUAUUAAAAAUGGUAUAUCUGACGUACGAUGCAUUUGCUCAUGUUAAACUAUUUAAAUAAGUAUAAAAAUCACGCGAAAAAAAAUCUACUGAAAAUAAUGUUGAACUAGUUAAUAAUAAUAAAUCAUAUAGUGAAACACAAACCUUAAAUCAAGAUUUUAAGUUCAACAAAAAAAAAAAAGAAAAAAAGAAGAAAGAAGUUGAUAAAAUGACAGCAACAUGUAGCAGCAGGCGAGAGAAAAUAAACCAAAUUUCUAAAAGAAGAAACGAUGCUCAAGAACUCGAAAUUUCUCGAGUGGAUAUGCUAAACAACGAAUUUAAUGAACAGUUGAAAGAACGUGAAACAGCAAUAGAAGACUUACAUCAAAUGUUAAAGCAUCAAUAGGAAAUUCAUAAAGUUACCUUAAAUGAAGCAAGUUUGAAAAUAGGAGAACUCUCUGAUAAAAUUAAAUGUUUUAAAGGAAAAGAUAGCCAGAUACCGAAACGUAAUGAAUUACUCGAAGAAGAACAGAAUAAAUGGAGAAGUUUAGAAAAAAUGAUUACAGAAAGACUUGAAGAAGAAAAAUCCCGUUAGGAAACAGCUGAAGACGAAGUGAGAAAGCUUUCCAAAUAUAACGAGCAACUUCUAAAAGAUUAUCAAGAAAUCCAUAAAAAAAAAAGAGAGAGAGAAAGGAAAUACGCUGAGGUUGUUCAUCAUAAUCACAGGUAAAUA